CCACUUAAACAUGUCAAGUACACAAUCAGGUCAUUAUAUUUGUGGUCAUCGCUGUAAGUGGUUUUCCGGACGAUUUCUCACUCAUGCAUCAUCUAAAUACGCAUCCCAAGGAUAUCCUAGAAUAUAUCCUACGUCACCUAAAUGGUUGGUAUGCUGGUCCUCAAAUUUGACUGACAUUCAAGUAUCUGUCAUUGCACACAGACUUCUGUAGUUAAGGAGGUUGUACUCGAGACAUCAGUUGGCAGUCAUGCUCCCAAGAAUUCAAGUAGCUUGCCUCAUGACAGUGAUAUUUUUCUUGACAUCCGAAGGUGUUAUCAUUGAUAACUGCGACAACGAGAUACGGAUUGUAUCGGAAAACACACCUAUCGUCCUUUCCUGUGGAGAAAUCGCCGAAGGAGAUGCCAAUACUUGGUGUGACUUUGAGAUGAUAGAUAUUGCAAUCUGCUAUUCAGCGGGUAGAUGCUCGAAUUUUACGAACCUCGAUUAUCAGUUUAGUCGGAGCUCAACUUGGAGCCAGUUAGUCAUCCCUCGCGGCUUAAACCACCGUCAACCUCCCCAGAACUUCACUUGCAUGGAUAGUCGAUCUAAAUAUACCUGUCAACUUGUUGUCGAAAACAUUCCAAUUCCGACAUACCCAGAGACGAUCGACCCGAAAGACACAUCACAGGGACAGUUAGAACCAUUUAAGGUGGCUCUGAUUGUUGUGGCAAGUGUGAUUGCUGCAGGCCUCCUAGUCACUGUGAUAAUCGUAUUUAUUAAAAGGAAAGGUAAUAUCUAUCACCAAACGACACAAAUGAAUGACGAACACCCCUACACGAUAAUAUUCACCGGUCAACAUGUCAAUCCCUUCGCUCGCUCAGUCCAGGAGAAUGAACUUCAACCUGUCUACAUGAACAUCCCUCCACAUGCCAUUCCACGUUCUUUAUUCAUGUAAGCUCACCUCCGUAUUGUUAGAACUACAUCCUCAGAGCUACCUCAGAAAAAUCAGCAACUUACAUGUCAUGUUUGUAUGUAUUUACUUGUUCUUAGUCAAUUUCAGUAAUGUAUAUCAAUAAAUAUUAUGUUUAUACAAUGUACGCCUCAGCAAGCUGUGAUAUUCUGGUGCAGAAAGAUGAACUUAAAAAAAGAGAAUUCCAAUUUUAAAAAAAAAUUCAUCUUAUAAGAUAACGCUACCACUUUAUCUCCAAUGUAAAUAUCAUGUGUUAAUGUAUUUGUCACUAGUGAGAAAUUAUAUUAAUAAACAUUUUAUAUGUAUUCAUAGAAGGAAGUGAACAAUCUGCACAUUUGUUCUUCAUAAAUAUUUUAUAAUUUUCUAUCUUUUCAUGUUUUAGAUGUUAUUUCUAUCGUAAAUAUAUAUUAUUUUUUAUGAUGAAUUAUAUUAUGGUACUGUGAUUGUAAGUAACAAAACACAGUUUGUAAAUAACUUUGUAAAAGAAACUUUGUCGUUCAAAUUGUGAGAACUUAAGUGUGUUUUUUUUAUUUCUAAGAAAUAUGAAAUUUGAUUUCAUCUUGGGAUGUAUUUAUAUUUAAUCUUAUUUAUUCAGGCAGUUUUCAUCAGAUAAUUUACCUAUUUUGUGUAAUGUUAAAGGACACAUUUUCACAUUGAAGUUAAAAUUAGACAACUAAUUUAUUGUUUGCUUAUUUAUCAAGCAAGAUUUCGUUCAAGGUCUAAAAUUUUUUGUAUACAUUUUUGUCUACACGAGUUUUCGGCGUUGCAAGUAAAGGUUAUUUGAAUUAUUUGAAUAAAUAUUACUAUUGUUGUUGUUAAUAUAUGUAAAUAAUUCUUUUUCUUUAAACAUUUUAUAAUCGUCA